GAAACUGCUUUUAGCCCGCGCGGACGCUUAAAAAAUACUCCUUUAAUAAAAUUCCUUUAUCGCUGACCAUGAAUGUCGUAACUCUAUCAGUCGUUCAUAUCUUGGCUGUGGCUCUGUUAUGUGGAGGGGCGUCCGCUUUUAUAAAUGGUUUCCCGAAAGAUCAGUGCGACGAUAUGGACCCCACAAAAAUUAAACUGGAAAAAAUUCCGGAGGCGGCCAAUUCCAGCGAUUUUGCAUCCGAAGAUGCACCCCCUACAUCUGUACAACAGUCUGGAAGUUUGAAUUUGUAUCGCAUCGUAACAUCCUCUCCCAAAUAUAGGCGAGGGCGCACUUUGGACAUUACCAUCCGUGGACCAGAGUUUAACGCAUUCAUGCUGCAGGUUCGUAAGAUCGGGGCCGAUGAACGACGAGGUUAUGACCAAGCAGUCCGAGUCGGGGAAUUCGUCAGCUGGCCACCCUCUCUCCAACCUGUAAUGUGCGACAAAGGACUAGCAACAGCCAUCACCAACAAGAACUAUUCACCCAAGUCCGGAAUCACCAUAAAGUGGAAAGCACCAAAAGAGGAAGUUGGGGAUAUUCACAUUGUGGCAAGAUUUAUUGCUGGGGAGGAGUACUGGCCCCUUACUGAAAGUCGGGAAAUAUCUCCCAAUGAAUUUCCUGUGAAUAUGAAAAGUUGUGGUAAGGCCAAGUCAUGUAUACUGUAUUCAGAAAACAGCCCUUCUUGCCAUGAAGACAACUGCGAUUACAUUCUUGGCUACAGCGUGGUUAACAGCACGAACGUAGAGUUCGUACUUGGUGGAAACGCCAAAGGAGAUCAAAGUUACCUGGCCGUUGGAUUUUCAACGACUCCAGAGGCAGAAAAAAUGAAAAUGAUUGCUUGCACAAGAGCAAAAACAGCUGCUGAAAUCAAAUAUUUUGUCUUCAACAAUAUGGAUGAAGGAUUGAUGGAACAACCCAUGCACCUGGAAAACAAAAAAAUGGAUCUGGACGGCAACCGAAUGUGGUGCAGCUUUGUGGCUCCUAUGGUUACGCAAGCCGACGGCGAUGAAAGUAAUGGUUUAGAUCUCAGUGUGCCACUGUUCCAUGUGUAUAUGCAUGGGACAACAAAUUACACCAAAAGUGCGAACAUUCCAAUCUUGCCUUCAAAGCUUCUAGUAUCCAAGAAAGAGGUUCAACUGGAUAAAAUAAAGCUGCACUAUCACACAAUGGAGAAAACAAAAGAGGGCUCUGGAGGUUCUAUUUGCAUCACACCACACAGCCUGUUAGUACUCUUGUUAAUUGUAUUCUUCACCCGAGAGAGAAUAAAUCCAUAGUUUUGCAAGUGAAAAUAAGAAUUUGGAAGCUGUUCUGUGAACUCUGUUCUGCACUGAUAAUAACACAACUGAGUUGCCGAAUAAAUAGUUGAUUAUUCUUGAAAAUUUCGUCACAUACAUAGCUAAAUUAUGCAAAUGCACAAGUUACGAUUUAUGAUUUUGCGGACAAAUCCUAUCAACCAGUCAAGCAGCUUAUGUAAGUGAACUUCAUGAUGAUGACAUGUACUUGUAAAAAAUGUAAAUUUAAAAUACAUUCGUGAAAUUGUUUAUUCGGUCUUUUAUUGUGUUUGAAAUAAAUCCAAAAUGGCUAAUUGUCGAGUAUUUUUGUAAAAACAACGUUGUUCUGUGUAGUCAAACUUUUCUUUCAUCCAAAAUGUUAUGACUGUAUCCUGCCCCCUUUGGCAUGAUUCGGUAGUAAUACUAUUUUCACCUUUACAAGGAAAACAACUUUACAAAACUUUUCUUCAUGGAAAUUUAUUUAAAGAUGAAAACGAUAGUUAUUAUACUCACAAAUGUUUUGAUUUGGUUUUUUCAUCUCCACCCCCCCCCCCCCCUCCCAAUACAAAAUAGCGAAAUUGUUAAAAUAUUUAUUUAGAAGUUCUUAUGUUUAUAGGAAUAUUUUCACUAAUGUCUAGCCUGAUCCAGUUGUAAAAAGCAAUGUUGCUAUAUCCUCCUAUUGUAUAUGUUA